CGUCAAACCUGUGGAGCGUCUGCGCGUCCUCUCCGUCUCUUCCGUCUGUUCCAGCAGCUCAAGUUUGGCUCUCAGAGAUCCAGCUCACCUGGUUCUCUCCCGAAACAAAGUUAAACCAAACAGGAUCGAGGAGUUAAUCAGUUCAUCAAGCCGCCAUGGACGCGCUGAAGAAGGGGUUCUCCAAAGCCAAGGAUGGAGUCGUGGCCGCGGCGGAGAAAACAAAGCAGGGAGUGACGGGAGCGGCCGAGAUGACGAAGGAUGGGGCCGUGUUUGUCGGAACUAAAACUAAGGAUGGAGUCACCACAGUCGCAGGUAAAACUGUGUCUGGAGUGUCUCAGGUGGGUGGAGCGGUGGUUACCGGGGUUACCACUGUGGCCCAGAAAACCGUGGAGGGCGCCGGCAAUAUCGUCGCUGCAACCGGAUUGGUAAAAAAGGAUCCAUCUAAGCAAUGUGACGAAGAACCAGUGGUAGUGGACGCUGCAAAGUCAUCAGCGGAUUCUGACCGUGAGGUUACAGAGGACAGCGAAGGCUAAACGGCUCAAGAGCUUCACAGUCAGAAGUUGAUGACUGAAACGUUCCAUGUCUCACUGCCAAGUCCCGUCGUGCCUCGUCUCUGGUCCAUCAUGGAGUCUAAAGUAAUCUGAGUGUUUGUCUGUACUGGUGUGUGAGUGUGUAAACACUGGAGAUCAAGGGGUGUGUGUGUGUGUGUGUGUGUGUGUGUGUGUGUGUGUGUGUGUGUGUGUGUGUGUGUGUGUGUGUGUGUGUGUGUGUGUGUGU